CUCUGAAGUCCCGUGAUAAUCAUCGUCCUCUUGUAAGACGACAGCUAUCGACGCGCCAGAAGGCAGAACAGCCGUGAUCGAUCGUGGUAGCAUCGACUACUCGUCUCAAACGACACCAUUCCGAGCUGACAUCAGCAAUUCAGCAUCAUGUCGACCUACAGAGUUGCAGUGUCGGAGGAGAAGCUGAUUACGCUGAAGAUCAAGCUCGCUCAGGCCGAGUUUCCUGAUGAGCUUGACGGAGCAGCAUGGGACCAUGGUGCACCUCUGGCAGACGUCAAACGUCUGGCGGAGCACUGGAAGACAAAGUUCGAUUGGCGACUGCAAGAAGCCAAGCUCAACGAAUUGCCAAACUUUCAUCGGAGUGUAAAGGUUGAAGGGUUUGGAGACCUUGAUAUCCACUAUCUCCAUCAGCCUUCAGAGAGUCCCGAUGCGAUUCCGCUCCUCUUUGUCCAUGGAUGGCCGGGAAGUUAUAUCGAAGUGGCCAAAAUGCUCGAGCCCUUGCGCAACAGCAGCAAUGGUGUCGCUUUUCACGUCGUAGCGCCAUCUCUGCCGAACUUUGGCUGGUCUCAAGGCGUCAGAAAAAGGGGCUUUGGCCUCGCUCAGUACGCCGAAACGUGCGACCAGCUGAUGCAGUCUCUUGGCUAUAGCCAGUAUGUGACUCAGGGAGGCGACUGGGGCAUGAUGAUCACUCGUACCAUUGGUCUACGCUAUCCGCAACGCUGCUUGGCUUCGCAUAUCAACAUGAUCCGCGCAGGCCCACCCACGUGGACAAAGCAUCCCAUCUUGUCACUCCAACAUGCACUGACUCCGUACAGUCAAGCGGAACGUGAUGGUUUCCAGCGAUCGCAAUGGUUCCUCAAAGAGGGUUCUGGGUAUCGCAUGAUUCAAGCGACAAAACCCCAAACAGCAGGGUAUGGCCUUCAUGACUCCCCCGUGGGCCUGCUGGCGUGGAUUUACGAGAAAUUGCACGACUGGACAGACGACUAUCCUUGGACUGAUGACGAAAUCCUAACAUGGGUCUCAAUCUACUACUUUUCCACCGCAGGACCAACAGCGAGUCUCCGCAUCUAUUACGAAGCCGUCCACCCCUCCGGUCCAAACUUCAUUCACAGAGACCGAACUUCCCAAUGGAUUCCCAAAGUCCAACUAGGCUUAUGCCACUCUCCCCGAGAACUCACCAUCAUUCCUAGCACGUGGGCAAAGACUCUGGGUCCCGUGGUCUAUGAAGACCGAAAGUCGAAAGGAGGCCAUUUUGCAGCGCACGAGAUUCCUGAGGAAAUUGUGCGGGAUCUGGUGACCAUGUUUGGAAAAGGUGGGAAAUGCUAUCGGAUUAUCAAGACGAAAGCGAAGCUGUGAGAGAGAGAGAUUUCGAUUGGCGUGGUGAGCGUGAGCGGAGGCGAAAAAGAAAAGCAUCACGGUCGACAGUACUGGGUGCAUUCCGGUGGCUAGGACUUCUUUUUUUUUUUUUUUUUUUUU